AUGACUGAACUGCACCAGGCUGCAGCGGCAGGCAAUUGUGAUUUAGUGGACGAGAUCCUCAAAAAAGGGCAGUGUGACCCGAAUGGCAAAGAUGCAGACUGGAAUGACAGAACUGCACUGCACUGGGCAGCGAUCAAAGGAACAUCAAGGAUAGUGAAACGAUUGGUGGAGCACGGGGCCCGUCCGUGCUUGAGAACAGAUGCAGGGUGGACCCCGGCUCAUUUUGCUGCGGAGUCAGGGAGGCUGGGGGUGCUGAGGAUGUUGCAUUCUUUGCACGCUCCUAUGGACGCUGCUGAUCUGUACGGGGAUACGCCGAAGCGGAUGGCGGAGAUCUACGGUCACAAAGAUUGCGUUGAGUUCUUAGAAACGGCUGAAAUCGAGUGCUGGGAGUUCCGCCAGGAAGCGAAAUUAAAGGGGAUUCAAUUGGAUGAGACCGAUGAAGAGUGGGAGCUGAAGAAGGAUGAACUUUUGGGAAGUAAACCCCCCACUCCGAAGAAACCCGCAAAGACGUGCGCGAGAAAGGGUCGUUGUUAA